AUGUUGUCCAGUAGAUUACAAUUUGCCCAGCAAACUGCUAGAAAAUUCAGUAUUUCCGCUAAAGACGGUUCCGGUAAACUAUCCACUUUGGCUGUUAAGGUUCACGGUGGUUCUCGUUACGCCGACAAAGAAGGUAUUGCCCACCUUUUGUCCAGAUUCAACUUCCAUAACACCGGUAACAAGUCUGCUUUGAGAUUGGUUAGAGAAAGUGAAUUGUUGGGUGGUAAGUUCGAAUCCAGUGUUGACAGAGAAUACAUCACUUUGAAGGCUACUUUCUUGAAGGAAGAUCUUCCAUACUUCGUUAACGCUUUGGGUAACGUUUUGUACAAGACCAGUUUCAGACCCCACGAAUUACCAGAAUCUGUCUUGCCAGCUGCUAAGUACGACAUUUCCGUUUCUGAAACUAACCCAAUCAACAAGGCCGAAGACUUACUUUACAAUGUCUCUUUCAGAAAGGACUUAGGUAACACAGUUCUAUACAGAGGUGUCGAGAAGGUCACCUUGGAUGAUAUCAAGGCUUAUGCCAACAAGGUCUACACCAAGGAAAACAUUGAAAUUGUUGGUCAAGGUGUCAACGAAGCUGACUUGAAGAGAUUUGUCAACGACUCUUUGAUUGGUUCUUUACCAACUGGCUCCAAGUUGGCUGCUCAAGCUCAACCAAAGUUCUUCUCCGGUGAAGCCAGAUUAAGUGCUCCAGGUGCCUCCGUUGCCGCUAUCGCUGUUCCAGUUACUAAGGAACAGUUCGCUACCUACGAAGUCUUGGCUAAGUACCUAACCUCUGCUUUGUCCGAAUUGUCUCCAUUAAUUGACUCAGCUAAGUUAGACAAGUACGCUAAUGCCGGCUUGUUCUCUUUAUACGUCAAGGGUGAGGAUGCUUCUGUCGUUGCUGAAAACAUAAAGAAGGUCGUUGAUACCUUGAAGAAGGAUGUCGACAUUUCAGCUGCUAAGGAAUACACUGCCUUGCAAUUAUCUUUGGAAAACGCUCCAAUCGAUGUCUCUAAUGUCAAGAAUGUCAAGUUGGACAAAUUCUCUUACGCCGCUGUAGGUAACGUCGCUAAGCUACCUUUCGCUGAUGAAUUGUAA